AGUGUUUUCCAGCUGGUCUGGUCUGGUUAGGUUAGGGGUAAUAGCCAAGCACUUUUUGUUUUAACAGUAACACUUUUUCCUUUGUAUUAAAUAUGUCGUUUUCUUGCUCGCAAUCAAUGGACGGCAGUUUCCCCCCGUCCCCGGUUGAGGACAGGGUCUCCAAACGACUGUCAGUGGGCAGUCUACUACAAAGGCUGGCAGAACUAAAAGGGACAUAUCAGUCGGGAACAACAGCAGAGCACUGCAGAAAAAGUCCUACUGGAUCUGUGGUAGACUUAUCACUUUCCGAGUCAGAAAGCAGCGUCCUCUUCGACCCUUUGGAGGUAACGCUGUCUGAGGAGAUAGUGGCCACCAUAGCUCGCAGUCUGAGCGACGCUUCUCUGGGAGCUGCCGGCAGCUCAAAGCUGAUCCUACCUGACCGCUUGCUGCACAGCAUCGGACAAGAGCUCGUCCAUCUGGCUGCCUUUGAGCCCUGCGGCCUCCGGGGGGCGCUUAUAGACCUGUGUGUCGACAAUGGAGGCCAGGGAGACGUGUGCUGCGUGGAGCAAAUAGCUGUGGAUGCAAGCCUCGUACCAACGUUUCACGUAACCCUAGUGCUGAGGACGAAUACCGGGGGGUUCUGGCCGAAAGUUCAAAAACUCUUCAAGACCAACACUCCACAAAGUGCCAACGCCCGACGUCCUAAAACCCUCAGACUCAGUCCUAGCUUCCGGGCCAUCAAAAGGAAGUUGUACUGUUCAGGAGAACUGGUGGUUGAGGUGUGUUGCUGAGCAACGUGUCUCCUGCUGUUAUAACGAUGGAUGUAAAAGUCAAACGCCAUCAAAAGCACUCUUACUAGGGGAAGACCGGUUACAAGUUUAAAAGGGUCCUUAUAUAGGAGAACAGAUAUCUUGUUAAAGCACAGUAGUUCUUUUCAAUAUCCAAUAGACUUACAUUAUACUAAUGUAAAACGAGAAAAGCAUUUUUUCUGGUCUCAGUGAUUGAAGAUGUUGUCUUCAGCACUGUAGACCCAUACCAAAAAUUGCAGGACCAACUGACAUGUUUAAUGGCAGCUUUUCUAGUAGAAUGAAUGAUAUAAUGCUGGGCGUUGUGAGUAUGGAACAGUUCAGUGCUUAUCUUUAGAAUAUGAAUUACUGGAAGCUACACCAUCUGCAUGUAUUUGAUAGUCAAAUAUGUACUGUCUUUUUGCAGUGACAAAUAAAUAAAUUAUUUUCCAAAAUUG